AUGCAAUGCACAACACCACCCUCAAAGUGAGUCUAUGCCAUUUGAUCAGGACUUUUUUCCUAGUGAUACAUUUCCUCAGGAAAAUCAGGCCGAUUUUUUCCUUAUGCUCUGAAAAGUCAUCAAUUUCGAUCAAAUGCCUCACUCACAAUAAGAAAUUUAAGACAAAAUAUCGUAGAAAAAUGACUCAAAUCAGAAAUGUCCAGAAUAAAACAGCAUCAUCCUCAAAGCAUCCGAAUGGAGCAACGGUUCCGAUUACAGGAAAAUACCAUGGAGACAAUUUUUCUACAAGCAGUUCUGUGGUAAUGCAGUUUACAUAUACAAAAUACAGUACCCCAGUUGUAUUUUACAUGAACCCAGUUGAAGCAGCUCCCGGAGAUGAAGUAAGUUUUGUGGGGAGAUGGAUGACAACUUCCUGGGAUCAGUUCGACAACGCAAAAGCAGGCACCCAAAACAUGCUGAUGUUUAUAUUAGACUCAAGCCAAACCUUUGGGAGUUGGGAUACAAUGAACUUAACUGCUGUCUUAGGGGACAAUGACCAAGGUGAUCUUAACACCACCAUUACACUUAAUGGGGCAUAUGGAACCGCAUUUAACCGCUGGACUGGAACUCAGUAUGACCUAAAUGGGAACCCUUAUAAUUUUAGAGCUCUUGCAAGAAUUGACUCAGUCUCAGCAAGCAGCGGAAGCUCUGCAGGAGGCCAAGAGCUUACUAUCAAUGGUGAAGGUUUUCCCUUAAAUGCUUCGUGGGUAAGGAUCGAAGUGGAUGGGAGUAAUUGUGAAAUCUCAUCACUUGCAUUUGAGCAAAUAACGUGCACGACAACAGCUGCUACAAGAACGGAAAGCCAAACUAUAUUUGAAGGCGGUGCUGGUUUAAAGAGGCAAGUCUGGUAUGACCAAUCGACAGCGUCUUUAGACUUCUCAAGCUUGAACGCAGUCACUCCUGAUUUUACAUUUAGUGUGGCUUCAGCACAGAUCCCAAGAGAUGAGGACGUCAACAUCAGAGACAAAAUGACUGGACUCUUUAGAGCUCCUGCUACUGGGACUUAUAAAUUUUUCCUAUCCUCUGACGAUUAUGCGCAAGUUUUCUUAGGAACGAGUGCUGAUCCAGCAACUGCAGUUUCUGUUCUUAAGUUCCAAAGUUACACUUCGCUAAGAGACCAGUUUACGAAAGCAAGCCAGAGCGAUGAAAUUUCUUUACCCAAUAGGAUAAAUAAAUAUCUAAUUUUUGGUAAAAAUUAACUAUUUAUUUUUUUAUAUCUAAAAUUUAUAAAUAAAUAAUCUUAUAAAUUAUGGCUAUUCCGAAAUCCAAAUAUUUUUUAAAUACUUCAGAACAAGAAAUUUGUUAACUGGUAGGGGAAAAUUAGUUGAAAAUACAGAUUACUAUUUUGAAGUAAGACACACUCAAGGAAGUGGAUCCAGCCAUUUAGAUUUAGGUGUCUUAAUUUCAGGCUCUACCCUACCUAAUACAAUGCCAUAUGUCCAAAAACUGCAAAUUAUUCCUGCAGAUCCGGUAUACGAAGUUCAAACGCUCAAAUUAUUUGGCUCAUCAACAGGUCCUACUGGCGGCCAACUUCGACUUGUAUAUGGAACUACAGUAAGAGAUCCAAUUAACUGGGAUGCAACAUCAGGAAUGUGGAAGUGCAGUGACAUCCUCAAUCAAACCAGCUAUUUAGGACUUUCAGGCUCACUUUCAUGUGUGGGAUUCUGGGCUAGCAACACUUCAUUAGCUUAUAAUAUUACAUUUAACUACUUGGUCUCUGAUAAGAGAUACAAGUUCUCAGCUGACACCUCAGUUAUUGAGCCAACAAACAGCAUUUCUAUCACAAACGUCAAAUAUCCAGGAACGACUACACUAGCAGGAACCUUCAAGCUAGGGUUCAGAGGUGCAGAGUCUAACUGGAUUAAUAUUACUACAUCGACAGCUGCCAUAGAAUUUUACUUAAAUCAGCAAAUUUCUUAUUUCCAGAACCAAUUAGUAGUUUAUGGAACUGUUGGCUUUCCUUUCAAUACUCUUCUAGCUUUGCCUUGGUUUAUUUUCAAUGGGACGUAUUUUGAUGGGAUCACUGUUGCAGAUACCAAUUUUACUGGUGGAGUUAUUGAAGGCUCAAGUGACCCUCCAAACAUUAAUAUUACCCUUGAUAAAGUUUAUUUGCCAACUGAUGGAGCUUUUUGGCCUGUUAUCCCAUCGGACUUCUUGAGGACAACUGAAUCUGCGCCUCAAAUCCGUGUUUUUGUCAAUAAAACAGCUGUCAUUUGCAGAGGGGACUGUAGCUACAACUAUUUGUCAUACCCUAGCUUUCCAAAAAUAGCAAGUUUUAGUCAAUCAUCAGGCACUCUUACAAUUGUAGGCGAAAGCUUCCCUACAGAUGCAACUCAGAUAUCAGUUACUGUAGGGUUUUCUGCUUGCAUUGACAUUUCUGUCAGCAAUGACGCUGGUCGGGCCUGACUAGGUCUGCCUGGCUCUAAGGCUCUACUGCUCUAUCUUUACCAAUCAUUGUAAAACAUUUUUAAAUAUGUAUUGAUUAUAAAAUCAUUUUUUAAUUGGCUGAAAUAACAUCUUUUUUGCUUAUUCGAUGAAAAACUAAUAGUUUAUAAUGAUUUUGUUAACUUAUUAUAAUGGUAAUAUGAUAUAUUGUUAAUAUUAAAUGCUCUUACACUUAUAUUGGCAUUUUAUUCUUUUAUACUAUAUAAAUCACUGAAUUACGUUAUAGACUUUUAAAAAAUUAAUCAUAUUGGCAGCAAUAUAUAAUAGAUGCAGGCCUCUUAAAGUAUUAUCCUUUAGACAUGAUGAUCUUACAGGCUAUUUCACUUGAAUCUAAUAUAUCAUCGCACAAUUUAUUAAAUUGUAACUCAAAAGACCUACAAUUUAUUUUGGCAGAGUCAAACUGCCAGAUAGAGACUGUCAGUAGAGCUAGGUAGACUAAGUCAGAUUUUACCGUGACGCUACUCAAAUCACCUGUACUCUUCAAGAUGGCGUUGCAGGCAGCUACCAGCCAGUCGUUAAAAUUACAGAUCAAGGGAUCAUUCCAAUAGACUCUACAUUUACAAGUACAAUUGACUCCUUACCUACAAUAACUUCAAUUUCCCCAUCAUCUGGAAGUACCCAAGGAGGGACAACAGUCACUAUUUCAGGUACUGGCUUUUUUGACUCACUAACAAAUUCUGCCUAUCAGCAAUAUGUGACAAUUGAAGGUGCUAAAUGCACUGUAAUUAGCACUUCUUUGACCCAAAUUAAAUGCGCCGCAGGCCCACAAGCUAGUUCUAGCUCAGACGUGGCUGUAACUGUAAAUGGACAGUUAGCAACUUAUUUUUCAAGCUUCUAUGACUCAAGCAGCACCCCUACCGUUACUUCUAUUAGCCCAUCUUACGCCAGUACAACAUUUAAGACAGAAAUUACCCUUCAAGGAACUUUAUUUUCUUCUAGCACAAGUGACAUUUCUGUUACAAUUGGAGACCAAGUUUGCAUGGUGGUAAGCUCAACCUCAACUCAAAUUGUUUGUCAUUUACUGGGAGGUCCUCCAGGCACUUAUACAAUAACUGUAUCAGUUUCUCCUUAUGGCAUAGCUAAAUUUGAUGCAUCAAUUACUAACAGCUUUGACCUCAAAUUUGAUGUGGUUUCAAUCAGUCCAACUUCAGGCUCAGUCCAAGGUGGAACAACUCUGACUAUAAACGGCUAUGGGUUUUCAAGCGUUUCGAGCUCUUUGAUAAUUACAAUUGGAAAUGAAGACCAUGAAUGUGGAAACUUAAAUGUGGUAUCGUCAGAAGUUAUAACUUGUAGCACUCCAUCCUAUACAAGUGAUAUGAAUCUUGAUACCGCUUAUACGGUGACUGUUAUUGGAAGAGUUCAAAUGGAAAGUAUAUGUAAGGGGACUUGCUCAUUUUCGUGGUCAAAUUCAGUGACUCCAGUGGUCUCUUCAAUUUCUCCUAAUAGUGGUGCCUAUGGCGAUACGAUUACUUUGGUAGGCUCUGUAUUUGGGACUGACUCAACUAAAGAGUGAGCUCAGACACAAGAUCCAAUGCUUGAAACCCAAUUUAUAGACAUUGAUUUUCAAUCAAAAAUUGAUACUCUCAGUACCACUUCAAAUUCUAGCAAAUUUAAUAUAAGCUUUUCGAUUUUAUACUUUCUUAUAGAAAGUGUGUAAGCACCCAUAUUUAGAUUUUUAAAAAUAAACUCCUCCAAGUAAAAAAUAGAAAGAUAUGAUUUAUUUUUAUAUAAAUUAAUAAUUGAGCAAGAGCCCCCCUAGUUAAAUCGGAACAAAACAUAAAGUUUUCAAUUUUUUUAAGGCUUUAGCUCCACUUUAAAUUCUAACUCCCCCCCUCCCCCCCUCCGUGAGUGAACAAAACCAUUAGAAAAAUCGAUAUUUUUUGCCCAAAAAACACACCCUCCGUGAGUGAAUAAAAAUUUUUUUUUAAUAGAAAAAUUUUUUAUGGAAAAAAAAUUUGAUAUAUAAAUGAUAAUUAGUAUAAUGAAAUCUAGAGCUACUUCUAUUUAAUUUUGAACGAAUUGCUUUUUAAAACAUAAAUUUUAUAAAUUAAAUUAAUAUUUGCUUUCCAAUUUUUGCAAUUAGGAUUUUUUUAAAUUUUGGAAAAAAAUAUUUUUUAUAUAAAUUUUUUUUAAAAAAAAAAAUUAACCCCCCUCCGUUAGUAAACAAAAUUUUUUUUGUUCACACUCACGGAAGGGGGGGAGUAAGAAUUUUUUUCAAUAAGAAAAUUAUAUAUAUUAAAAAUUCUUAACGGAAAAAGUUAAGUCUAAUAUUAUUAAACUGUUUUUUUAGAAUUUUGAGAGGCUUAUUGGAAAAAAAUGAAUAUGGGAUCUUGAGUUUAUGUGGGCCCCAACUAAAGUCAACUUAUCAUUUGGAGGUGUAGAAGCAACUGUUACCUCAUGUAGCGAUACUGAAAUUGUGGCAACUGUCCCAGCUGUCAAAGGGGUCCACCCUACUUUGGCUCUUUCAAUUGACGGCCAAGGACUUUCCGAUAUGUCAUCACUUGUGUUCAACAAUAAUGUGUUUGUCUCAGAUGUCAAUCCAAAGACAAUUUCUCAAGGAGGAGAAGAUAUUACCAUAUCGGGUUCUGGCUUCGAUACUGGAAUGGCUUUUACUUUUGGCUCAGUGGCUUGCACAGUAACUGGGAUCACCAACUCUCAAGCGAGCUGUAAGGCUGGGCCUUAUUCUGCAGCUAGUACUGCGCAAAAUCUCGUUAUUUCUGGAACAGGCUCAUAUGAGUGUUCAGACAGUUCUAAAUGUUCAAUUUCAUAUUCUUCAGCAUUUACCCCAAUUUUAGGGUCUUCAACCUCUGGAUUCUUAACGAUUCCAUUCACCGCCCCAUCAGGAAAUGGAGUGGUCGACCAAACUACAGUCCAGGUAUAUCUUGGCAGCUACCCAUGCACAGUCACUUCUGUUUCAGCAAGCCAAAUCGUUUGCACUCCGACUUCGCCAGCUGGGACUUAUACGAUAUCGCUUCAUGUUGAUGGGUACGGAUACUCAACUGGGUCGUUGAGCUCUCAAAUUGCCCUUUCUAUUGCAAAUGUGAAUGCAUCUCCGUCCUCAUAUGAAGGUGGCCAAUCUGUAACCUUGACUGGUACUGGACUGAGUGAUAACUUAAAAGUAUACUUAUGUGGGUUCCAAUGCAACGUUGAAACGGCGACUGGAGAUUUAUUAACAUGUUUGUCUCCUAACUCCUUCUCCAUGUAAACCAUAAAUUUAAUAGUUAAUGUUUUUAUAUUAAAAAUGAUUAAUCUUGUCUCAUAGGAAAUGAGUAAGAUAGUUACAACCUACUCGCAAAACUCUUUUAAUUUAGCAAAUGAUCCUACCCAGCUAAGCGAUUUUACAGUAUUUUCUAGUGUUUCAUCAGGCGCUGCAAACGCUUUUGACGGAAAUGUGAAUACUUAUUAUAGAGAUACUACUCAUACCUAUGCAUAUGUCGGAGUUGAUGCAGGAUUAGGACGCUAUAUUCAACUUUCCCAAGUUACUCUUAUUGGAGGAGGUAAUGGCAAUUACUACUACACUAAUUUAAUAGGCACUACUGUUCAAGGCUCUAACGACAACUCAACGUGGGACAAUUUAUACAACUAUACAACAGUUACGGAUUAUACUAACAAAUGGGUCGUCCCUGUAAAUAAUCAAGACUCUGAUGAUUACCCUGUAUAUACAUAUAGAUAUUACCGCCUCUAUCAAGAAUAUGCAGGAAACAACUAUUAUAUCAAUGAAGUUUCUAUAUUUGGGUUUAUUGGACUGUCUGAGACUGAUACAGAUAUCACUUGUGACUUAACAACCAACUACCCUUCAACUUCAAGCAGACUCCUAUCAGGGUCUUCAAGCUCUUAUGCCUCGGCGAUUCAAUAUAAAGGCUCCAUCACCCCAUACAUCACUGACUUCUCUCCAAAAUUCGGGACAAGCCUUGGAGGAGACACUAUAACAUUUACAGGCUCAUUUGGAGCUUCAACAGCUGUUUCUGAUGUGACCAUUACUAUUGAUGAGGUCUCUUGUAGCGUUACUUCAGUCACCAGCACCCAAAUCCAAUGCACAACUUCUCCUAGGCCAAAUUAUGUUUCGCCUUCGCUUUCUAUCGCAAUUGCGGGGGUUGGCUAUGUGGUGACUCAUGGCAAAACUUUCCUUUAUGCAGAACGGUGGAGUGCAUACACAACUUGGGGUGGCGAAGUGCCUCCAUUUGAAGGUGAAGCUGUUUCUAUCCCUGUAGGCAUGAACAUUUUGCUAGAUAUAGCCACUCCUCAUCUAACGCUAAUUGUAAUCGAAGGAGGUCUUAUAGUAGAAGAUGUCCCAGGACUCAGUAUCGAUGCAGACUAUAUUUAUAUACAAGGCGGACUUUUUCAAAUAGGUACAGAAGCAGAGCCAUUCCAAAAUAAAUUCACAAUAACAAUCCAUGGAGACAGAAGCUCUGCUUUAUUGCCUUACUAUGGCAGUCAGUUUAUUGCAGUCAGAGGCGGAGUUUUAGAUAUCCACGGAGUCGCAAGAACUCCAGCAUGGACCUUUAUAGAUGGAACAAUUGCUCCAGACGACACUACAUUUAAAGUUGCCGAAACAGUGGACUGGGCCGCAGGCGAAGUAAUUGCAAUCGCUUCUACGUCUUAUGACCACAAUGAAUCUGAAAUGAUGACUAUUGCUUCAGUCAGCGGAAAACAAAUCACUGUAACCAGUCCUUUUGUAUAUAAGCAUUAUGGAGUUAUUGAAACUUAUGGCUCUGAUACUAUGGAUAUGAGGGCUGAAGUGGGUUUAUUGACAAGAAAUAUUUUAAUCCAAGCAGGUCCUGAAGGCAUCUCCCAAGAAUGUGGCGUCCAUGUUAUGCUUUUUGCUCCUGGUGAUGAGUCUUGUAUUGGAAGAAUUGAAUAUGCAGAGUUUUAUCAUGCUGGUCAGGCUUAUAGACUAGGAAGAUAUCCUAUCCACUUCCAUAUGAUUGGAAAAGUCAGCUUGUCCUAUGUGCGAGGAAACUCAAUCCACCAUACUUUCAACAGAGCCAUUACAACCCACGGUGUCCAUUAUCAGACCCUUGAAAACAACGUAGUGUUCAGAAAUAAAGGACAUGCUUAUUUUGUGGAAGAUGGCAUUGAAACCAUGAAUAAGUUCAUCCACAACCUAGGAAUCAGCACUAUUGCAUCAUUUUCUUUGCUGAACAGUGACCAAGAGCCAUCUACUUUUUGGAUCACUAACCCUAAUAAUAUUUUCUUGAAUAAUCAUGCAGCAGGCUCAGAUAAGUUUGGAUACUGGUUUGAGCCACCUGAGAAUCCUAGCGGGCCUUCGGCUACUACUCUUAUAUGUCCUCCAUAUCUCCCUCUAGGGCAAUUUGCAAACAAUACAGCCCACUCUAAUGGAAAAUACGGCUUCAGAAUUUGGCUUGGCCACAUACCUCUUGCAAAUCCUUGCUCUCCAGGCAGAGAUAAAACCUUACGUGACCCAUUCUCAGUUAACACCCCGGUUACUGCUUAUUAUUACAAUUAUACAGGCUGGAAAAAUAACCAAGACGGUGCUAUUGCUGAAGAUAUAGGAGAUGUCAGAUUUAUCGGCUUUAAAGUGGCAGAUCAUCAUAAAAAUGGCAUUGAAAUUUCCUAUUCAGAGUUCUCUACCCCUUACAAAACAGCCAGAAUCCAUGACGCUGUGAUUAUCGGCAAGUCUGGGAACACUGAUAACGACGUCUCCGGCGCAAUUGGACUGACAACGCCACAGACUGAUGGACUUUUAAUAGAAAAUGUGAGGUUCUAUAACUUUGACGACGACAUGUUCCCUCUGGGAGAUGAGUCACACUCAGACAAUGUUCAGUCAAGAGAUUGGGGUGGGGUCAUGCACAAGUUUUCUGGGCUUACAUUUACUAACUCCCAUAAGAGAAUUUCGUGGAAUGUCCCAUACAGAGGAAUCUUCCACUUCCUUGACGAUUCUUAUAAUGGUGUAGCAGGGUCUUAUGUGACUGCAUAUUGGCCUCAUUUAAUAACCCCUGAGUGUGUGUAUGAAAAAGAACUAUACAACGCUAUAUCUUGUGACUCUACUGUGGCUGUAAAAAGAGUCUUGUUCUAUAACCUUGUCUCAGAUGGACUUUUCGCAUUCCAGAAUUUGAAUAUAAGAAGAACAUCAGGAGAGCAACUCCCAACAGAAUACGUAGAAGUUACAGUCAAUGGGACAAAUACUACUGUGACUGAGCCAACCUGGGGAGUCUUGCCAAUGACUAAAUCAUGUCAGAAAAAGGAUCCACUUACUCCUCCCUUAUAAAUUGAGACUAAUAUCCUAUAAACUCCUUUAAAUUGAGUAAUUUUAAUUUUUAAGUGCAAAUAAUAAUUUUAUUGAGUAGCUUAAAUGAUCAAUUUAAUGUUAACAAAAUCAAAAAUUUAGCUAUGAAUUGCUCUAUUUUUUAAUAGAUAAAUUAAUUUUUUACCCAAAAUUUCUAAAUUUUUUUGAAAAAAAGUUUCCUCCUUUAAAUUAAAAAAAUAUUUUAAAUUACAAUUUAAAGGAGGGGAGCUAAAGGAUGGGGUAUCCCAGUUGUCACUGGCUAUAACUAUACACUGUUCUGGGGAAGAGGAUAUCCUUUAGACUUUACUCAAAUGGACAUCAGGAUUGAACAAUUUGACUAUGAUGAAGCUGACAAAUGGGUUAUAAUAAGCAUGAACUUCACAGACCACCGUGAAAUGUUCAAUCUGACCCGCGGAACUCUCCCAUCAUCUGUAAACACUUCCGCAUCUGGCUUUGUUGAUCCUACAAAAAUGAAAAAUACUACCCAUUUCAACGUCGCUACAGAUACUUCAGGAACAUUUUACUGGGACAAUUCAACAGAUAACAGAAGAAUCGAUAUCCUCAUUAACGGAGUUAACGACAAUUUAUAUCAAUAUGGGCCUAUACACCUUCUUGCUUCAAGAUGCUUUGGGGACCAUUGUAGUGAUUUAUCCACAACUGACGACAGCUUAACGAACUUAACAGUUGUCUAUUGGAGCGACCCUACAAUUUGGCGCAGUGGAGUAUUGCCGACAGCUGGUCAAAAUGUUUAUGUUUUAAAUACCUGGCACUUAAUGCUGGACAUUGACACUCCUGUAUUUCACUAUGUUGAAAUUAACGGGCUUCUAGAAUUUGACAGAACCAAAAACGUAUCAUUGAGCUCUGAAUGGAUCUUCGUAAGGGGUGGAAAAGUGAAAGCAGGAAGCGAGGAAUAUAGCGCUUUCCCGAGGAUGGCGCGGAAUGGCGCCAUCCUCGGGAAAGCCAGGAAGGCAUCCACACGGGAACUGGGAGUUCCACGUGUGGAUGCCAUUUUGACAUGUGGAAGUUUGGAUCCCACAUGUCAAAAAUGGCAUCCACACGUGGAACUCCCAGUUCCCGUGUGGAUGCUUAGUUGACUUUCCCGAGGAUGGCGCCAUUCCGCGCCAUCCUCGGGAAAGCGCUAUAUCCUAUCCCUCCUAACAUUUUCCACACAAUCACUCUUCAUGGCAAUCCAAACUCUGAAGAAUUCGCUUUUUCCAAUGACGUUGAAGGUGGCAAUAAAGUAUUCGCCAUCACUGGAGAAGUCCAAAUGCACGGUUACCCUAAGACUGCAUAUUCUUUGCUGGCUCAAAAUGCAUACCCAGGCGACUCAUUCAUUUUUGUUGAUAGUGUUGAUUGGAGUAUUGGAGACGAAAUUGCAAUUGCUCCAUCUGGAUUUGAUAAGACAGAAGACGAGGUCUUUGUGAUUACAGACAUAAUUGGGGCUUCUGCUCAGUACACUAUUCCGGCUAUGAACAAUUCCAGGAUGCUUGUAGAUUUUGCAACUGAUCCUGACUGGCAAAAAGUUAACAAUCUUCGAACUGCAGGAAAAAAUCCAGCCAGCACUGACCAAAGCUUGUCCCAGCAGUCAGUUCCAGGCUCUUCUACAGGAAUUACCAAGAUUGUCCUAAACGGCACGCUUAAAUACUACCACUCUGGAGUCCAAAUGCUGAUCCAAGGUGUCACAGUUGAUACUAGAACUGAAGUAGGCGUUCUCAGCAGAAAUGUAAAAAUCCAAGGUGACGGCUACAUUGGUUGGGGCUGCACAUCAAUUGUGAGUGAUUUCUACGAUGUUUUAACUACAAGUGGCACUCCUGCCUACAGGUAUGGCAGAGUCAAUAUGACAAAUGUCGAAUUUUCAAAAUGCGGCCAAGAAGACACCUAUAAGGCUUCCAUAAGAUUUGAGCUUGGUGGAAAAAUCGCAUCACGAGUCCACAACUCAGUCUUCCGCGAUUCUUAUACAUAUGCAGCCUUUUUCCAUGAAGCUAACAAUAUUGAGUUCUCUAGCAACUUCAUGUAUAAGACCAUUUGGAAAGGAAUCGUGGGAUCUGAUAUCAAGAAUGUAUCGAUUACAGAUAACGUGCUUAUAAAGACAGCAAAUAGAGGCUUUUUGAGCAAUACUUUAGACGUCCCUGCAGGGUUCUUUAUAUGCGCAGAUAGUCCUGUAUGUAGUAAUGUGUCAACGAUUGGAAACAGAGUCGCCGCAUCUGAUAGUAUAGCUUUUGUGCUUGGAGGCCAAGACUGUGAUACUAAUGUAAUCACUCAUUACAUCUCAGACAACGUUGCCCAUUCUUCAGACUAUGGCUAUAUGCUUAGUGGCCAAAAUGACGUAACUUGUAUAAGUGCAAAUGGUCUUAAGGCUUGGUUCUGUGGGCAAGGUGUAGGCUCUCAAGGUGGCACAAUGAACAGGUUCCAGUUAUCAGGACUUGUCCUUGUAGAAAAUCAAAUGGGUAUUGCAAUGAGAGGCCAACAUGAAGAUGAUAUGGUCUCAUAUAUAAACACAAUUACUGACAGUUUACUUGUGGGAAGAACUCAGCAAAGCUACUGUGACCCUAAUAACUGUAUAUCAAGUGAUUGUGCUGACAGAGGAGGGAUUGUAACAGGUGUCCACGAUAUUAAGAUCAUCCCUCUAUCUUAUGAUGAGAAAAUCAUACUUCCACUUUCUAAUGCCAAAAAGCCUGAAUGCGGCUAUGGCCACUGGGAAUACUCAGAUUCAACCUUCGUGAACUUUAUUAAAACAGGAUGUGGAAGGGAUUAUGCAAUCAGUGGGAAUGACCAAGUCCCUAACCUGCCUCAGCCUAACUUGUUCUCAAAAUCCACAUUUAUCAAUGUAGACAAAGGUUCAAUUGCUUAUAUGCCAUCUCCUGAUAAGAGUUUGAUUGGUGUUGGCUUUUGUGGAGAUUGGGUAUGUACAGGGGCUAAUAACAAUUUAAUCCAAGAUAUUGAUGGAACUAUUACAGGUGGCUCUAUAGGAGGGGCUGUAAUUCCUUUAGUUCCAGGCAUUGCAAAUAUAAACAUAUGCAAGCCAUAUACCCAAGGUCAAGUUUAUAUUUGCCCAUAUGAUACAGCCUCAGGAGAAGUCUAUGAAUAUGUCAUUAUUGAGUCGCAAGACACGGAUAAAUGGAACAGAACGUUUUCACCAUUGAAUAUAACUUCAGUUGACAUCGGAAAUGGCUAUGCAUUCAAGAGCUACAACUAUGGAGCAUUUAGAAAUGACCUAAAUGAGUAUGAAGAUAUGACUUGGGAAGCUUUCUAUAGAGACGGUUUGCAUUUAAGUAGGUUUGGGUCAAUCAUUUAUACAGGGCAGUAUUAUAAUUUAACAACGACUGGUACUCCGCCGACUAAAUUUUCAAUUAUAACUGAGGCUUCAAUAGAUCAGUCUAGAGGAUUCGUCAUGACUCUUAAAUAUGACAGCCCAGUCAUUGUCGAUGUCUAUGUUAAUGGUACAAAAGUAGACGGGAUUGAAUAUAACGGUGCUGCAACUACUCCAGUGUGCCAACUAGCUGACAAAACAGGAACAAAUAGAUGGUUUCACGAAAAUAACACUAUCCAGUGGGUCCAAAAAGGUCAUGCAAAUGUCACUCUGGUUCAGACAAGCUCUGUAAGACUGACCAUGGAACUCGAUAUGACACUGACAGAGUUCUAUACUGACAAUACUCGUGCUACCUUAGUCGAUAAGCUUGCAGCAGUCCUUGGCAUCCCAUCCUAUAGAAUAAGAAUCGCAAGUGUCAAGCAAGGCUCAGUUAUCCUUAAUAUGUUCAUUAGACCGAACGAUACCUUGGUAGGUCAAACAGACUCAACCGGCGCUAAAACCUCAGACAAAGAAUUAGCAAGCAUUAACGCACUUGUUACCCAGCUCGCAUCUAAUGGAAAACUUACCCAAGCUCUUGGAAAAGAUGUAUUAAGUGUAGACUCCCAGACGUCUAUCGUCAAUGAUACAGCAACAACUGCAAUAAGCACUGGGGGAACUGGAAGCACUGAUGGGGGACAAAGCACUGGUGGCAAUUCUGAUGGUGGAAAUACUAAUGGUGGAAAUACAGAUAAUGGAGGUGGAAGCACUGAUAAUGGAGGAGGGUCAAACCUUAUAUUUAGAGGCACUUUUAAUGAGGCUGUGAGCGACUGGGUUAUUGGACUCCUAGUUGGUAUUAUUUUAGUCAUCAUGGCAGUAGGGUCAAUCUUUAUUUACGCAUUUAGCAAAAGAAAGAGACUAUUCCUUGAAGAGUUACCUUCUGCUAAGGUCAUCCCAAUCUUAGAAGAAGUCGAUGAGCAGCAUGCAGUCUCUUUUGACUCUCCUAAGAAGGAAGCAUUUGAAUUCGAAGCAGGAGAUGUUCGUGAUAUGCAUAGAAUCUUUACAAAAGAUGAAGAAGCCAAACAAGCGGACCAAGAAGUGGCAUACACAAUUGAAGCAGAGGAAAGAAAGCCUGCUAGACAUGCAUCCCUCGUGGAUGUUUAG